AUGGACUUAUUUGUAAUGGUAGUAGGAGCAUCAGGGAUUGGCGACGGUGGUGAGAAUAAAUACAACUACAAGGUGAUAGCUUGGACAAACGAAGAUGAUCCACGCCAAACAAAGAUUGUGACAACUAACGGGGAUCCUGAUUUUCGUGAGGUUUUGCAUCUUCCUCAACGCAGGGCUGCAUCCUUCCUCAACGCAGAGUUGUUCAGUGUAAAUGCAACUGACACAGACCGAUUUUUCAUUGGGAGAGCAAACACAGCAUUGCCAAUGAAAACAAAUGCUACUGUCAACCGUAAGGUCAAACUUGAGAAUUUGGACACCAGUGGAAAUAUCGUUACUGUUGGUUAUCUCGAAAUAUAUAUGGGCCUCGAGACUGGAACAAUCAUUGACAACAAAAUAUGCCACCCAAAGAACAAUGAUUUCUACCUCUAUGCGGACGCUGGAAUGAUUGGAACUACUAGUGUUAAUCGAUUCCUGGUGGAUGAUGUCAUUAUAAUCGAUUCUCUUUGUUUUUAUAAACUUGAUUAUGAAGUUUGGCUUCCUAAGUCUGUUUAUGUUCUUGGAGAAGAUCGGUUAUAUGUUAAGCUAAUGCUUUAA